GAAGCAGCGUCGUCUCCUCCACAUUCCUGGAGUAGCACUGUGAUCGCCUCAGAUCUUGUGGAAGCCGCUGCUGCGCCGGACUGGCGAGGUGGAAAGUGUGUGAUAGUCAGGUUGGGAAAAUUGGCAGCCUACAUCUGAGCCCAAGUGGGGGCAUACAGAUCAGGCCUUUGGCCUCAGAUUCAGGAUGAGUAACGGCCACACAGUGACAGUCCAGGGCCUGGGUGAGCGCCUGCCUGUGGAGAGGCCAGAGGACUGCGUAUCUCGCACCCUCUCCGCUUCUGGGGCAGGCUUGGUAGCAGGAGGCAUCAUGGGUGCAGUCACAGCCAACUGGGGCAAGGUGCCCCCUGUGUUGGCUGACAGGCCCUGGCCCGCCCUCAAACACACAGGAGCCAUCAUGGGCGCUUAUGGGACUACCUUUGCGCUGGUGGGCGGCACGUUUGCAGUGGUGGACUGCCUAGUGGAGGACUUCAGAGGGAAGAAGGAUGCCUGGAACGGCGUGAUCGCGGGCCUGGCGGCUGGCGCGGCCAUCGGCAUGCGCGUCGGCCGCGUCCCGGUUGGCGUCGGCGCGGCCGUCGCGCUGGCCGCCACAUCAGCUGCCGUGGACGUUUCCGGGGGCCACCUCGUCGGCAAUGGGUUUGUGAAUGAUGGGGCCACGCCACACCGACCAGUGUAUCCCUACAAGUGAGGAGACCUGCAGGACGUUUAGCUCCAGUACGCCAAGGCCUUCUCAGGUUUGGGCUAGGAUUAUUGGGCAAGUAAUAUUAGAUCACUGCAUGGUUUGCAGUGCUGGUGGUGCUUUGUGUGUGGAGAAUUAGCAGACUUGAUGCUGGUGAUGGAUGCGAGAGGUGCUGAGGGCAAUUGCCUAACAUGAGGCCACGAUGACCUGGAAGUACUGUUUAGCAAGGACGACACGAUUUGGCCGUCAUGAGGCUGCACUGUAGUUUACAGUCUGCAAUAAUCAUCUUGCAAUUUCCCAAGACCGUCUACCGUCUUGUGUGCAUCACAUGUGUGUUCAAAAGAGGCCGCAAGGACGCUUGUCAAGCCCUCCAAGGCACCAGUGCUAACGUAUUCAG